AUGCUUCCCCCAUGGGUGACCUCCACCGCUGGCCUGGCCCAGCUCGCCAGGCCUGUCAAAACUAGACUCCAGUCCUGGGUUUUAGGCUUUUGGCGAGGCUGGCUUGGAUCUGGGACUAGUGCUGGACGGCCCUGCUCGCGUCCAGCUUCCGGGACGCACGUGCUCGGUGACUCUCCAUGCCCCGGGGACAGAGAACGCGCCGGGUCGUCGGCACCAAGCCACGCCCCCAGGGCUCAGAGAGCUCGGAGGCUCCAGGCCUCUAGCCCCGCCUCACGCCACGCCCCUAGGGACGAGAGGCGCGGCGACUCCCGGCCUCUAGCCCCGCCCUACGCCAGGCCCCAGAGCGCCAAGGGGGCGGUGACUUCACGCCGCUAG